AUGUCCUCCUUGGUGUCAAUCAGCAAAAAGCUGUCCGGUCAGCGGCAGCAUCGUGAGCGAUCGCAACCGGAAGCUCGUCGAAAGUAUGGAGAGCUCGAAAAGAAGAAGGAUUACAAGCUAAGAGCCGAGGAUUAUCAAAAGAAACGCGAUACGAUCAAAAAGUUGAAAAAAUCGGCGAUGGACAAGAAUCAGGACGAGUAUCAUCAUCAUAUGGUCAACAGUGAGACCUGGGACGACGGUCGCCACUUCGACAAGAAGAAUGCGGCUGAAGAGGCUGAAACUCAGCUUCAGAAGAAGUUGGGAAGUCUCAAAGACUUGGAAUAUGUGAAAUUUAAAUUAAACGAGGAGAAGAAGAAAAUCGAUGAAAUGAAAGGAGAACUCCAUUUCGCGGAUCCAACGUUAAGCGGCAAGAAGAAUACGCACACCGUCUUCGUGGACGACGAUUCUGAAGCCAAAUCCUUCGAUCCACGUGUCUACUUCGACACCACGACGUCUAUGCUGUCCAGACAGUUUAAUCGAGUGAAAAAUGACGAUUUGCAGAAUAAGACCAUCGUUGGAGCCGGCUCAAAAGAGCAAGUUCGAAAAGCCGACCGUAUCCGUCGCACUCGCUACAACGAACUGAUGAAGCGAACCGAGCGAGCUCGUGAGCUCCAAAUCGUCGUUGAUAAGCUGGAAUUGAAGAAACACCUGGCAGCGGGAUCGACAUCCGAGUUGAAGCCCAAAAAAAUCAAAAAGGCCAAGGAAAUGCGAGCGGCCGUUUAUCAGUGGACCUAUGAGAGGAAGAAAUAG